AUGUAUUUUUCUCUUUAUCGUUUUACAAAAUGUGUAGUAAACGAAAGUGGAUAUGAUGGGGAAGACGAAGCCACGUUGUCAGAUGAUAGAGACCAAGUUAGAGAACCCGUUAACGGAAGUGGAUAUGAGGGGAAUGACGAAGCGACGUCAACUGAUUCAUCAGACGAUAAAAAGCUACAUACUGUAAACGAAAAUGGAUACGAUGGGGAAGACGAAGCCACGUUGUCAGAUGAUGGAAACCAAGUUUUUGCAGUUGCGAGUAAGGAACAGAGAGGUGAAACAAGUGUAAGUGUAGAAAAAUUGUUAUACAGUGCCAGCACUGGCGUACAGGAGGAUCUCGAAAAGAUGCCCUACCAUGGAUACGAAACUGGAGCAAGGAUAACCCCAAGCUGCACCCACCGCCGAGAAAACGAACAAGAGCGUGAUGGUACGUGUCGAAGUGGACCAGAGAUACUGGCGGAUGAUCCGCAGCAAAACGCACAAUCUAUCGAAAGUUUGAACUCUGACCAGAAUCGGUCGCCAGACAAGACGGGACGUCGUGAAGAAACAAGCCGAAAUGGGACAAGUGAUGUAUUACCACUUCAACAGGAGAGGACAGAUUCACUUGAGGGUUCCAUCACAUGAAGUAUUUAAAGUCUAUUUACAUUUUGCACAGACCUCUGUGUGAUUUUUUAUUUGGGCACUCUUGUUUAUAUAUGUAAAUAGUUAACGGCAAUUACAAGUGUUAUUCAGGAGUUAAAAAGAGACCAAAAAGAUAUAAACAUAAGUUGACAAACAUGUAUAUUUUAAUGGUAAAUAUUAAGGUCAUGUUUCUGCGUACAGCAGAAUUGUUUUCCA